AUGCCUCAAGCACAGCCCGAGCUCAAGAAGUACAUGGAAAAGCGCCUCUUCGUACAACUCAACGGCGCGCGCAAAGUCAUCGGCAUCCUGCGCGGCUACGACGUCUUCCUCAACAUCGUGCUGGACGAGGCCGUCGAAGAAAAAGCCAACGGCGAGCGCACCCGCCUGGGCAUGGUGGUUAUCCGCGGCAACAGCGUUGUCAUGCUGGAGGCGCUCGAGCGCAUGGACGAGAGACACCGCUGA